AUGCUCUCCGGUUUAGCCACUACAGUAGCAUCCAUGCCCGUCGAUAUCUUGAAGACACGAAUCCAAGCAAUGAAGAUUAUAGAUGGAGUGCCAGAAUAUACGGGACCCAUAGACGUAUGCGUCAAGCUUCUAAGAAAAGAGGGAGUGUUUGCAUUUUGGAAGGGAUUCACUCCUUAUUAUAUGAGGCUCGGACCUCACACUGUGUUAACUUUUAUUUUCCUGGAGCAGUACAAUCGAGCAUACGUCAGGUUUUUUCAUCCAGAAGGAAGCAAA